AUGUUUGCCAUAGAAGAAAUCAACAGGAACCCAAAUCUCUUACCCAACAUUUCUUUAGGAUUUCACAUCUACAAUGCUUAUCACAAUGAUGACAGGACCUUGGAGAGUUCCCUCAUGUGGCUGUCAGGCCAGGGACAGACCAUUCCAAAUUACAGCUGUGAGAGGCAGAGAAAGUCUGUAGUGGUCAUUGGAGGAUCCACUUCUGAAAUGACUUUCUGCAUGGGAACUCUACUGGAGCUCUACAAUCUCCCACAGAUCAGCUAUGGUCUCUUUGAUCCACUCAUAAGUGACCCACUUCAGUUUCCUUCUGUUUAUCAGAUGGCCCCCAGUGACACCUCUCUUCCCUUUGGCAUGGUCAGGUUAAUGCUGCAUUUCAAAUGGACUUGGGUGGGUCUUGUUGUCUCAGAUGAUUCAAGAGGUGAGAAAUUCCUCAGGGACCUUCAAGAAGAAAUGGCCAGAAAUGAUGUCUGUGUGGCCUUUAUAGAAAAGAUCACUGCUAGAAAGUCAUCAAAUAAAGAUUUAUAUCAAUAUUUUGUAGUCAGCAUACAUGUUUCUGCAGCAAAUGUGUUUGUCAUUUAUGGAGAUACAAAUUCACUUCUGAGUCUGGUGUUUAUGGAAAACCAUAAAGAAAAGGGGAUCAUCAUACUGGAUAUUACAAAACCUGGAAUUUAUUUUGAUAAUUUCCAUGGGGCUCUGAUAUUUUCAGAUGACAAGAAGAUUCUGGGUUAAAGAUUUUCUGAAACUGUUAAACCUGCCAGACACCGGGAUAUUUUCCUUGCUUUUGAACUAGCUUUGGAUGCCCUUGACAUGGAAGGAAGAGAGGGAGUCUGUUCACCAAAUGAUCUUUUAGAUACCCUUGAGUUUGGUCUUUAGAAAACAUUAUGUCUGAAGAGUUAACGUUACACUGGUUUGUAUGCUGUGGCCUGGGCCUUCAUGGAUGUUCUAGGAGAUCACAAAUGGAAUUAGAUAGAUGGAGACAACAAUGUUUUCCUCCCAGAAGGUAAGCUCCAUUUCUUUCUGAAGAACCUUCAGUUUAACAAUAGUGCUGGGAAGCUGGUGGUCCUGGAUAAGAAGAGGAACUCUGUGGCAAACUAUGAUGUUCUCAACUAUGUGACCUUUAGCAACGAUACUGAAGUCUUGAUAAAAGUGGGAGAGUUUAUACCUCAAGCUCCACUUGGCCAAGAUUUAAAAAUCCAAGAACAUGCCAUUACGUGGUCCACGUGGAAUGAAAAAUUUCCUCAGUCCAGAUGCAGUAAAGUCUGUGGUCCUGGAUUCCAGCAGAAAGCCCAGGAGGGAAGGCCUGUCUGCUGUUUUAACUGUGACCCCUGCCCAGACAUGCACAUUUCCAACCAGACAGAUGCCGAUCAGUGUGUGAAAUGCCCUGAAGAUCAAUAUCCCAAUCAGGAAAGGAAUCAGUGCCUCCCAAAAAUGAUGACCUUCCUGGACUAUGAAGAUCCCAUUGGGAUGGCUUUGACUUCUAUAGCUGCUUGCUUGUCUCUCCUCACAGCUCUGGUUCUCUGGGUCUUUGUGAGGUACAAAAACACCCCCAUUGUCAGAGCCAAUAACCGGGAUCUCAGCUACAUCCUCCUCAUCUCUCUUUUCUUCUGCUUCCUCUGUUCUUUGCUCUUCAUUGGUCACCCAACAGCAGCCCAUUGCCUUUUCCGACAAACAACCUUUGGAGUCAUGUUCACGGUGGCCGUCUCCACUAUUUUGGCCAAAACCGUCAUUGUGGUUCUGGCCUUCAGAGCCACCAGACCAGGUAGCAGGAGCAGGAAAUGGAUGGGAAACAGAGCCCCCAUUUCUGUUGUUCUCUUUUGCACCUUGAUUCAAGUCAUACUCUGUGCAAUAUGGCUGCUGCUCUCUCCCCCAUUCCCAGAGGCAGACACACACUCUGACCAUGAGCACAUUGUCCUGGGGUGUAAUGAGGGCUCCCUCAUUGCUUUCUAUUUUGUCCUGAGCUACAUGGGAGUCUUGGCCCUGGCGAGCUUUGCCGUAGCCUUUUUUGUCAGAAAUCUCCCUGACACUUUCAAUGAAGCCAAGUUCAUCACCUUCAGCAUGCUGGUGUUCUGCAGCGUCUGGAUCACCUUCCUCCCCACCUACCAGAGCACCAAGGGGAAGAUGAUGGUAGUUGUGGAGAUCUUCUCCAUCUUAAGCUCCAGUACUGGCUUGCUAGCCUGCAUCUUUAUUCCCAAAUGCUAUGUGAUCCUCCUGCAGCCCCACAGGAAUAUCAAGAAAUCUUUAAAGAAUAAUAUUAAGGCUUGA